AUGGGUCCCGAUUAUAGAAACGAGGCCCUGGAGACCAGCGUUUUAUACACAAAAUAUUCAAUUGGUAAUUUAAUUGGUUGUGAAAUGAACCUUACGAAUAUGCUUAUUUACUUUAACUUAUCUAGGGUGAAUGAAGAAGAAGGCUAUAAAGUUUCUAAAUGUUGGAGUUGGUCUCAAUACUCCAUAAAGACUCUCAAAAGUCUCAUAAUUGACAGCUAUAAAAUAAAAAAUAUAGAGUAUGAGCAAGCAUGUUUCAUACUUAUAGCUAUAAUAGACAUUGACACUACAUACUUUACUAUUCUAACACCUGUUCUGACAGCAAAAAUUGCAUAA